UCAGAUUAAAAUGAUUUCUUAAGAUCUUUUAUAUCAGGGGUGUCAAAGUCAGUUUGCGAGGCACAUUCACCCCAAUUUGAUCUCAAGUGGGCCGGACCACAAUAUUUGUUGCUUAAAAAUCCAUAAGUAACAUCUCUUGAAAAAUGUCCUCAUUCUUUUGGUGCAAAUACUACUUUUGGAAAAUAUUCACAUUUAUUCAUUCUACUCGCCACGCGCCUCUUUCAUCCUCGUGGGUGUCUCGAGUCCUCCCCAGGCUGACACGAACGCUGCACUGCUGACGCUCGCUGAACAAGUAAACAUACCCAGUUCCGGUCAUUAUUCUCGGGGACUUUGACAGAGCUAAACUCAAAUACAAGCAAGCACAUCGACUGACCGUCCUCCCAGGGAAAACAACCUCCUAUAUCACUGCUACACCACGCUGAAUGACGCAUACAGCGCUAUCCCGUGCAGCUCUGGGCUCGUCUUGAUCACUGCUUAAUUCACCUAAUACCAGCAUACAGGAAAAACUUAAAUGUACGAAGCGAAAACAGUCAAGAAGUGGACCAAUGAAGCGCAUAUAGAAGCUGUUUAGACUGCACACACUGGAGUGUCUUUGAAACUUCAACUGGCAGCCUGGAUGAAUAUACGGACAGUGUCAGUUUCUGUGAAGAUGUUUGUAUACCAACAAUGACAUUUUGCAUGUUCAAUAACAACGAGGCGUGGUUCACUGUCAAACGUAAGCAACGUGGCGACGGUAAAGAGGACGCCUACGGGACUGGGGACAGAGCCCUGUAGAAUCCCGCUAGAAAUCAGAUGACGAAAGAAGUUAACGUCGCAAAGAGAAAUUAUGCAGCAAACCAACAACUCAGUCUGGCGAGGAUUCAAAUCGCGAACCAACUACAAGCGACCAUCCCCCCAAGCAAAGAAAGACUAGCUGACGACUUGGAACACCUACUGCAGAUUUUUUUCAACAACUUCAUUUUCAUGUUUUCUUGUUACAAAAAGAGUAUGAACAGUUGUCUAUAGAGGCAGAUCUUAUUCAAAUACCCACCUCCACCCGAGGCUCAGCCCCGAAGAAAUCAAAUGCAUAAUAAAAGGAAUGGCCAAUAUAAUAUAUUGACACAUAAAGCACACAAAAAAGUCAUCCAUCCCAAUUUUACACGUUCAAGUAUUGAAGAUAAGAGCAAUAUGUCAUUGUUCGUCAUCUGAAAACUAUAUAGUUAUGGAAAGCUAGGUUAAGUCAUCAUUGAAAAGGCAAUCUUUGAACAAGUUCCGUGAAGGGGCCCCAGGUCUGCAUACAUUUCCUGUUGUUGUUAUUUUCGCUCAGCUUGUAGAGCAUCUUUUUUUCUAGAGGCAAGAAGGAAAGCUCCCCUUUCAACCAUUGCAAAAAAGAUGCGACUUUGUUUGACUUCCAAUUAAUUGCCUGCAAAUUCGUCAGGUCGCUAUCGGGAGGAGCCACGGCACAAAUGGCUGUGUGGGGAUGCGGUACCAAGUCUUGCUUGCAAAUGGGACUAAAUACUUGAGAUAUCCGUUCCCAAAAUGUAUUAAGCAAGGUCUGCAGGCCCAAUAUAUAUGGCCUACCAAGGCUGGACUGUGGCCAUACUUAAAACAGUCGGUAUUCAAAAUCUUAGCAAGCAUCUACCUUGAACAAUGCAAACGAUUUGAAUUGUAUCAACCCGCGGCGUAUGCCCAGUGAGGAGGUAUGUAUACGGGGUCACGCUUCAAUGCCACAUCUCGCCCAGCAGCGCUUCACCCAAGUCUUUCUCCCAAGUGACUUUUGUCUUCUCCCAAGAUACGUGCUGUAUUUCCCGUAUCAAAGCAUAGACCGCUGAGACCCGUUUUUUUUCCCGAAAGGGUGCAAUUCCCGUCAACUGUCCAAUUGGCGGUGAGUAUGGAAAUGAGGGAAACAACUUUCUUGUCUCACUACAUACUUGAAAAUACCUUAAAAAGUUUGAUUGAGGAAUAUCGUGGUCUCCCAUCAGUAUUGCAAACGUGUAGAAUAUGCCAUUAUUGAAUAGGUUACUCAGGAAAACCAGAUCGUUCCAGUGCCAUCGUUCAAAUGUUUUGUCUAACAUGGAUGGUGGGAACAGGGGGUGUUUAAUUAAUGGGGAAAAAAGACUGGGCGGUUUAGUUUAAAAUGUUUUGUGAACUGUAGUGAGAUUUUAAGAGCUUUGAACGACCGGACUUAUUAUAUGUAUAUUACGAUUACAUGGUACUUAAGAAGUUAAUAUUGGUAACAGCCUGCACCUCGAACAUUCUUAUGAGUGUGUAUCCAGUGUCAACCUUUUGUGAUAUUUGCAGCCCAGUAAUAAAAUGGAAAGUAUGGUUGACCCAGGCCUCCAGCACCCUUGGGACCUCCAAAUAGGAUUGCUUUCGUCUGGGGUUUCAAUUGUUCCAAACAAAUGAUGAAAUAUGGCUGUCUCGCAAUUGAAAUUCUUUUUUGGGUGUAAAUAUUGGGAUAAUCUGGACAAGGUAAAGAAACCUAGGUAGAACAGUCAUCUUUAUAACAUUGAUGCGGCCUCUGCCAAUGAGAUUGAUCGGGCUGACCAUUUUUUUUUAAAUCUUCGGUCGUGCGUUUUAUUAGGUCUCUAACUCAUUUAUUGCCAUGGACGUAUGAAUACGUUUUCAUAAACCCAUUCGUUUAGUGCCACGGACGUAUUAAUGCGGUUUAAUUAAAAAAAAUUUUUUUUUAUCGUAUUGUAAUAGAGGGGGCGGCACGGUGACCGGUCGGCCUCACAGUUCUGAUGACCCGGGUUCAAUCCCCGGCCCCGCCUUUGUGGAGUUUGCAUGUUCUCCCCGUGCCUGCGUGGGUUUUCUCCGGGCACUCCGAUUUCCUCCCACAUCCCAAAAACAUGCAUUAAUUGGAGACUCUAAAUUGCCCGUAGGUGUGAACGUGAGCGCGAAUGGUUGUUUGUUUGUAUGUGCCCUGCGAUUGGCUGGCAACCGGUUCAGGGUGUACCCUCCUGCCCUGGGAUAGGCUCCAGCACGCCCGCGACCCUAGUGAGGAGAAGCGGCUCAGAAAAUGGAUAGAUGGAAGGAUGGAUGUAAUAGAGGGUUUGGCAAUAAGUACAAUACAAUACAAUAAGUAUCUAAGGCUUGGGAAGGAUCUUAGUGUGUUAAUUUGACACCAGAGGGCAGCAGUCACUUUGAUCAGAAUUUUGUCUGCACGUCAGGUGAAGACUAUAUCCCUCUGACUAUAUCCGGUGAGGACCCAUGUGGCACGGUGGAGCGGUGCAGGGGCGUGGUUGCGUGCGAGAGAGAGAGAGAGAGAGAGAGAGAGAGAGAGAGAGAGAGAGAGAGAGAAAAAGAAAGAAAUCGUGGAUAAAUACAGACGGUUUACUCUCAAACAGAAUUUUGCUAACACCAAAAAGGAUUAUGUACCAUCAUCAGUCUUUUCCCCAAAAAGAAAGAGAUUGCGCCACCGCCGGUCGCCUCGAGCAUUCGAAGGCCCGCGGUGAGAUUGCGACCCUAUCCCAGUCCACUUCCCCCGAAACGUGGACGGCCAACGGACGUCCGGACUCUGAUUACAAUGAGCCUGAUCCGCGUUAUUUUCUGGGAGUAGCGGGGCGCCCUCCAUGAGCCCGCAGAAAGUCAGCGAGGAGGAGGUGCAUCAAGCAGCGGCGCUGGGGCUGUUCAUGGCUGGUCGUCUGCUGACUUCGAACCCCCAAAAGUCACACACGCACCCAAAUGUGCACACACACGUGCGCACGCUCACACAGCUGUACAUACUUGAAAGUUCAUGCAUCCAUUUGAAAAGAGAAGUCUUCUCCAAAUCCUUCACAGCUGAAAGAAUCAAUGGAUCUAUAUGAAGAGAUUGUAACAGAAGAACAACAGGGGAGAGAAUCAUCUUACACCGAGUUGAAGUCCCGAUUCCAAGCAGCCCAGCACCAAAUUAAAGAGUUGCACAGAAGACUUCAGCAGAUGGAGAUACAGAACACCGGGCUGAACACUGAGAACAAUCACCUCAAAAAGAAUAUCUCUGCGCUUUUACGGACAGCCAGACAAGAGGUUAUGCGAAAGGAUGCUGUAAUACAAAGGCUGAACCAGGCGUCAGGGAAAGGUCACUGUCAUCAUUCUAGAGUGAAUAAUCUUCAUGAUCAAAACUUCUCCAGUCAGGCCCUCACUAUCUCCAUGAGUAGAACUCCAAAAUCUAAAACGCCCAGUCCUUCCAGGCAUUCUUCUCCUCCUCGAGCAUCAUCAUCAUCAAGGGAUAGUAGUCUUCCAAAGGUUCACCUUCGACCACCCAAAAGGGAAAAUAAUAGUCCUAACAACAAGGCCAGUGCCUCUUGCAUUGUGACAAGAGUCUCUUCUUAUAGCCAUUCCAAAGGUUCCUCAAGUGGACAUUGUCUAGUGCCUGACAAACGGAAUGAGCUUUCUAUCAGCAAUUCUGUCAUUAGUUCGACAACCCGGCAUCGAGGGUCAGAUAAGCACAAAACCAAAAACAGAGAGGAACAAUGUCAGAAACUUGAUACCCAAGACAGGAAGCACAGAACUAGUUCAGCUCAUAGGAACAGUUAUACCAUUGAAAAGGACAGGUCUCAUAAAUUAGACAAAGACACUAGAAGAAGACAUGACUCCAGGACGACAUGUAAAAGCAGGGACAGCAAAAAUGUAGAUGGAUAUUGCAGAUCGGAAAGGAGUAAAAGCCCUCCAAUAAAUAAUUUGCAUUCACAAGGUUCCUCGGAUGCCUGUAGAGGGAGAACUAGAGAAAGGAGACAUGAAAUACCCCGCCUUGAUUCUCCACAUUCAACUCGUCAUUGCUAUACGAAGGACUACAGUCGACAUUGUGGAAAAAUCAAGAUUACUGAUGAGCAUUCCAGUUCACAGAUGGAAAAUUCUGACUCAAAAGAACGGAAGAGAUCUUCAACAAAUCAGCAAGUAGAAAGCUGCGGUGAUUUUUCCAAAGAGAGGCAAUGGGAUAGGCUUUCAAAAACAUACCAGUGGAAGGGAGACAGACAACAUAAAGAAAUGACCAGUAGGCAGAGAAGGAAUACUACAUCUGAAAGAAGUAGACUAGAUGAAAAACAGCCAUCAGAAGAAUCCCACAAUGGCAAAUGCAAUGCCGUUAAUACAGAAAGACAAGGAAAAAUUGUGAAAACAUCAGUCAAGGAACCAGUGGAGGAAAAUAGUCAAAACAGGAAACUGUGCUUCAUGGAAACACUAAAUUUAACCCUCUCACCAAUUAAAAAGCCAGUACCCAACAACACCAGCCAGGGUGGACUCACUGACUUGAAUCACAUAUUUGAAGAAGGCCCAGAUGAUAGUUUGCAAGCUCAUAUGCACGUGAUUGAUCAAAUCGACGACAAUGAAUUACAUGCUAAUCUGGAAGAGUUGCCUCCAGAUUCUGUUGCAACUUCAGAAAAGUUGCGAGUGAAAGAUGUCCUGGAAAAAGACACAAGCCAUGGUGAAGCCCGUUUAGCUGGUCAGCAAGCAGAAGGCACUUCUGCCCAAACUAUUUCAUCCAGCCAAUCCUCAGAUUCAGCAGUGAAUUGCAUGGCUGCAGAUGACACACCUAAAGCACAAGAUAAUACUUCUCUAACAGAAAAAGAUGGGAACGAUGAGGCCAAAACAAAAUUGAGUCCAGACAGCCAAUUGGAUUCAUAUGAGCAACCAGAUGUAACUGGUUAUGGUAGUAGCAUAUUUGGAAACAUUAAAGGUAAACAGACAAGCAGCCUUUUACAAAAAGUAGACUGUGCAAGCAACAAAUAUCAGUGUAAUGCUGCUUCAUUUGAAAACAUUUCCAAAAGACAAAUUCCUGGCACCAUCUCUCUAGAUAAGGCGAUGGAAUAUGCAGGCACACCAAGGGAUCCAUUUCUCCCUGAAGACCGUAUCGAGACUAAUCCAGGAAGUCACCAAACUUAUCCCAUCACCCUACCUCGUGACUCUCAACCAGGAGCGAAUCAUCCUUCGUUUUCCAGUCCCCCCAAUGAGAAGGACGCAUGUUGUGCUCAUGAUGAUUUCAAAGAUGCAGAUGCUGUAUCCAGUACUAUAUGUCUGGAAUUGGUUCCUCAACAGGGCCUUAGUUUGCCUGAGACAAAGUAUGUUUUAGUGAAUAAGGAUAACAAUGGCAGCUCAAACAGUGCAGCUGACCCGAGCUCAUCCGCUGGCUGUAUUGGCGUGUCAAAGGUCAGCAGCACAACAGAAGAAAUUGCUCUCCUAAAAAGUGAUUGUGAAGUCUCUGUCACACCAAAGAAAAACCCUUGCGAAAAUAGCCAUGCAAAAAAGGUUGAGGCUUCCAGUUCAGUGCUGUUACUUCAUGAUGAGGACUCCAUGAUGCGCACACUUUGCCAUCUCGAGAGAAUCCCAGAUGCAAUCAGCCCUUUAAGGAGUCCAAUCCACCAAAUGAAGACCAGUCAUCUCGUUGUUCAUGGAAAGCCCGGGCAUGUCAAAAGCCUACAAAAAGAGUUCUCAAAUACAGCUGAUGAAGCCAACUCAAAGAAAUUGGACUUAAACAAAGAAAACAAAUAUCCAGCUUGUCCUUUAAAAUAUGGAAAAUUAUCAGAACUGCCGUCAAAUCUUUCUGACACUGAACGAGAGGAAGGGAACAUUUUAAGUGGUGGUGAGGAGUCGCAUACACCCCCUAAUGCAACCAAGAGCGUUAAGGUUGCAGAAAAACGCAGAAAUAAAGAAAAAGUUGUGGAGAGGAAAUCAGAAGCAAUGUGUUUUGCUUCAAAAGAAAUGACUACAACAGGAAGUGUAUCAACGCAAAGUCCAGGUAGUAAGAGCCGUUUUAAAACCGUUUGCCCAACAUCAGCCAAAGCUCCUUUUUCAACAAUAGAAGAAGUCAUGGAAAUGUUCACAUCGGUUCGCUUGGAAAUACGUAAAAAAUACAUGAAGCUUCACAAAACCUUUCCAAAGAAGAGUUUCUUUGGUGUAAUGGAGAAUUUCAGAGAGUCAUUUGUGGAAUGUGUGGAUGGAGCCCAUUUUGGUCAUAUAUGCUGUCAGGCAAUGGAGCUGAAAUCAAAGCUGAAAGUAAUAAUUGCAUCUGUGUUUAACAAAGUAGCAGACAAUGGUAUUGUAAAACGUAUCUUUGACCAACAAGCUGUUGAUCUGAAACAAAAGUUGUGGGUCUUUGUAGAUAAGCAAGUUGACUUCUUGCUCAAGGACAUUUAUAUGACACUGAAGAGCCUGUGUAGACCACCUACAACUGAAGAAAAGAUGUCCAGUGAAAGACUUUUAAGCUUGCCAAAUGGGAAAACACAAUCUCAACAAAAAGAUUCAAAAGGUACUCCAAGCACCCAGAAACAAAUGAAAUCCUUUGCUCCGCCUUAUGAAACAGGCCUUGGUAGCAGAGGCAAAGAUAUAAGAAUUACUCAUGCAGAAAAAGAAAACAAUUGUGCACAUACACAGAAUUAUGGCGAUACUUAUCCAGGAGUGGACUGUCUUUCUCCUAAAAAGCCUUUGGUGUCAGGGAAACUGAAAAUGGCUUCUUUGGUGGCCCCUCAAAGCACAUCUGUGCUUGACAAAAGUGACUUUGAACUACUCACAGAGCAGCAAACUACCAGUUUAACGUUCAACCUGGUAAGAGAUUCUCAAAUGGGAGAAAUAUUUAAGUGUCUCCUGCAAGGAUCGGACUUACUUGAAACCAGUGGAAUAACAGGAGAGAGCACAUCAUGGACUCUUGGUACUCCAAAGAAGAAUGGAGAAAGACUCAUCAGCAUUACAACUCCAAAUAAAUUCGACUCUCAGUCUACUUUUUUUUCCCCAACCAAAUUUGAUACUCCCUCCAAACUUAUCGCUACAUGGUCUAGUAUUUCACCUUGGGAGAUGUCACCACGGCCCAAAGAUCAGGUCAGACCAAACCCAGCUCUACUUGAUGAAAGCUGCUUAUUAGAGGUUCCAUCAGAGAAUCAAGCAACACCGCAGUCCAGCUUCUUGUCACAGAGGGAUUAUUCUAUUCUCACUGAAGAUCUAGCAGUGUCCCUUACUAUUCCAUCACCUCUCAAGUCUGACAGCCACCUGAGCUUUCUCCAACCGUCUGGCAUAACUACCGUAUCCACCCCAGACAGUGUCAUCAGUGCUCACAUUAGUGAGGAUGCUCUACUAGAUGGUGAAGAUGCUACUGAACAAGACAUUCAUCUGACCCUUGACACAGACAACUCUAGCCUUGAGUCUAGCAACAGUGUGGCCUCACAAGCAGCUGUGAAUACUUUUGUGUUGAAGCCAGAAUUGCCCAUGCAGGCACUAGUGAUGGAAAAGUCCAACGAUCAUUUCAUUGUGAAGAUUCGUCAGGGCACUAGACAGACAGAUACAAAUGAGAGCUUACGUCAAACACUAACAGAAAAAGAUCAUAAUGCAGAAGAUGUGGAAGCUCAGGAAAGCCAAGCAAAAUAUUUGUUCGACAAGAUUAAUAAACAUACUCAGCCUUGCAAUGUCAUGCCUGCAAAAUACCUCUCUGACCUUUCGGAAGACCCUGUAAUGUGUCAAGAUGAGACGAAUGCUGUUGGUUCAACAGAAGAUCAUUUGAGACUCAAAGAAGAACCUUCACACUCAGACCAUAUGCCAACUCACUCAAAAGCUCGUGUGACCGAGGACUUAAACAAUGUUGCUGAUUCUCCAAAAGCUAUUUUUAAAAUGACUCCUUCCAAGGGAACUUUUCUUCAAAGCUGUAACCUUUCAUUUGGGCAGAACAUCAAAGCAUCUCCUCUCUGUGUUACACUCCCGAAUGAUGAAAGCCCAAGUCCCACAUUCCACAUGGAGAAGCACAGUCCAAAUCCCCUGUGUCCAUCAGAAGCUAUUCCUUCUGAUUCACAGCCCAGUACUGUGCAAGGCAAUAGUGAAAGCUCAAAAACAAAUCAGAUAAGCCAUGUAGCUUCAAACCUUUCAGACUCGCAGAGUGAAAUGGAGACAUCAAGGUCAGACAAAAUGGCGGAGGACACAAGUAGAGAGACAGGACAAGACAAAAAGGAUUAUGAGAAAAGUAAAAAACGGAAAAAGCACCAUGAACAAUCAAAAGCAAAGCGUUCAAGAAAAGAUGACGAGAAACAUAUGGAACACCACGCACCCUUCAGCUUCAAAAAGGAUGUUGACUCAAAAUCCUUACCUUCAUCCCCAAAUAGUUUGUCUGCCAUGAACGUCGUCAAGAAAAAGGGAGCUUUGGUCAUAGCAUGGACCAGAGAUGAAGAUCGAGCCAUUCUUGUUGACCUGAAAACAAAAGGUGCUUCACGCAAAACAUUUGCUGCCUUGUCAGAUAAGCUGAAGAAACCAUCAGAGCAGGUUGCUCAGAGGUUUUACCAUCUUAUGAAGCUCUUCAAGAAGCAGGGAACUUUGAAUACCUGAUCAACCAAAGGUGUUUUUAUUUCGUGUUUUCCUUCAAAUAGUUAUUGAAGCAUUUAUAACAUACAAGAGUAACGUCAGUACAGGUAUGAGAUAUAUAUAUAUAUAUAUAUAUAUAUAUAUAUAUACAUGUUGUAGUUUUCAUACAGUAUAUCAGGCACAAGAAUGGUGACUUUUGUUAGGCAGCUAAAUUCAUUUACUCCAAGAUUGAUGACAACAACAAUCCCCCUUAAAGGCCUUAUCAUCGGACUGCAAUUUUCAGUGUUUAUCCUAUGGACAAUUUGAUGCAUGUAAACUGUCCCAAGUUUUUCAAGGACAAGAAGUGGAUAGCAUUUCUAUAGAAUGCAGACUUUCAAGAAUUACAGAUGUGAAAUUGUUAACCCUUGCAGUCAAAUGUGUUUUGGCAAUCCUCAUUGGAAUGCAUCACUGUUGAUCUUACAUGUGCACAAAUUCAUUUUUUUUCUUUUUUGUUUUCCAAUUGUUAACUAGUCUUGCUGAUGACAAGUUGCAAAAAUCUUUGUCUGAGUUGAUCCUGUUAUUGUGAGCUAGCAAUACCUCAAGAAAUUGUAAAUCUUUUAAAAAUAUUUGGUGUUUUAAUGCUUGUAAGACUGGUCUGUUUUUGAGGAUGGCGCAAAUCUAACCAAUACAUUUCCUCUUAUUUCAACCUAAAUGUUAUAUCUCCUAGACUGCAGUGACGUUUUGUUGGAUCAUUUUUCAUACAAGCAUGUUUGAUUCAACCUGUUUCAUAUUAAAACAUUGGAUUCAGUGUUGUGAAUAAUAUAUAUAGUUCUUAGGUCGAAAUAAAGUUUAAUUUAUUCUUGUGCGGGUUUUUAAUUUGCUGUUUAUUAAG